AUGGGGAACAGCCAGGGGAAGCCCAUCGAUCUUGAUGGUGAAGACAAUGUGCUCCUCGACGCCGAUGGCCAUGUGCAUCUGACGGACUUCAAUGUGGCCUCCGACAUCGUUCCGGGUAGGAUCCUAUGCAGCAAGUCAGGCACACUUGCCUACCUAGCACCCGAAGUAUAUGGCGGCAAAGGAUAUGAUAUCAGGGCUGACUGGUGGUCUUUGGGUGUCCUCUUUUAUGAGUGCAUAUAUAACAAGCGCCCUUUUGACGGCAACUCUGAAUCGACGCUCAGCGCCCAGAUCCUUGCGGGGAAGCCCAAGUUCCCAGUGACGCAACCUCCCGUAUCAGUUCCCUGCCUCUUCGCCAUGACUGCGGCCCUCGAGCACGACCGGGACAAGCGCCUAGGCGCUACGUGGGAAAGCUUUACGCAACACGAGUUUUUCAAGUGCAUCGAUUUCGUUGAUUUGGAGAAUAAGAAGAUUGAACCAGUUUUUGUGCCAUCAUCAGAGAAGACCAACUUCGAUGCCACAUACGAUCUAGAAGAGCUACUGUUGGAGGAGGCGCCCUUGGAGGCUAGGGCACGCCGCCAGAAGCCCCGCGAGCGCCUAAAGGAUGAUGCGACAGACAAGGAGAUUCGGGAGGACGAGCUUUACCGCAUGAUUGAGACAGACUUCAAACCGAUAACUGGUCAACCUCAGCCGUCCUCCAACGAACAAUCCGACGACAAGGUGAACCGCCAGCACAAUCAAGGUGAACCGAUGGCCCUCACCACGGACCAGGCUACGUCUGUCACAGUGCCCCAUCUAGAGAUCUUCAACCCUCAUCGGCCCACCUGA